AUGGGAUUAUGUGGAAAAGUUGGUAAUAUAGAUGAAACAAAAAUUUAUGGAGUUAUGCCUUAUGUGGCUCCUGAAGUAUUAAGAGGAAAGGGUUAUACUCAAGCAGCAGAUAUCUACAGUUUUAGUAUGAUGAUGUAUUUUGUAGCAACUGGAAGACAACCUUUUGGCAAUCGUGCACAUGAUUAUGAUUUAGCAUUGGAUAUUUGCAAAGGAGUUAGACCCGAAAUAAAUGAGCUAGAAGUACCAAAAUGUUACAUUAAUUUAAUGAAAAAGUGUUGGGAUUUAAAUCCAAGCAAUAGACCAAAUAUUAUUAAAAUAGGAAUUUGCAAUUAA